UUUCUAUGUUAUGGUUUUCUUGUGAGGUAGUAUUAUUUACCUUGCCCAUGCCAUAUCAUUGUUGUUUUAACGGUGUUGCUUUUUGUAAGAAGUGUAUAUACCCAGAGGUGGCAAACAAGAAUUUGCAUUUAAAGAUUAUCUGAUUAGGAUCUGAAUUUAAAAUUAUUUUCUUCCUCAAUCUCACAAGCUCCUGGUUCAUAUGUUAGCCUUUUGAUGAAGUACGUAAGUCUUUACUCUAUGAAGUUCAUGUUUAAUUUAAGACUUUGAGUGGCCAUAUAUUUGAGGAACUAGACAGUUGUGAUCUAUUUUAGUUUGAUUGCACAAGAUUUGUUGAUGGGAAAAUAAGAAAAUUCAUCUAUAGUUUGAUCGCACAAGAUUUGUUGUGAUCUAUUUUAGUUUGAUUGCACAAGAUUUGUCGAUGCUAUACUAUCUUGAAAGAUAUUAACAAAUAUCUUUCGAGAUAGUAUAGCAUCAACAUAAUAAUAAAUAUAUAUAGAUACCAUCCUAUCAUAUUUGAGCAUUGACACGUGUAAAUAUAUAUAUAUAUAUAUAGAUACCAUCCUAUCAUAUUUGAGCAUUGACAUGUGUAAAUAAAUAUAUUUCAAGAUAGUAUAGCAUCGACAUAAUCUUCUAGGAUUCUUAUAAAUCUUCAUAUAUACAUAUAGAUACCAUUAUAUCAUAAUUGAGCAUUGACACAUGUAGUUACUCUUUCCCUAUAUAUAGAUCUUCAGUUUUCUUUGAAAAUUGAAAGCCUGUACUAAUACACACAGAUGGAGUGCAAAUUAUGGUUUGUUGUGAUGGUUAUAGGACUUUCUCUCUUUGUCUUUGACAAUGGUGUCCAUGCAACCAUACCAAAGGAAAAAAUGAUGAAACAGAGUUUAUUGUGGGAUGAGAUGUUCAAGAAUCAAAGUUCUGUUUCACCGAACGAUCAACCCAAAGAUUUAAUUAAACAUUGGGCAAUAUACCAAGCUUCAAGUGGUCUUUUUAAGAAGUUUUAUGGGGCUAAGACAAGUCUUUCAGUUUAUGGAGUUUCAGAUAUUAAAAGUACCCAACUAACCUUGGCUUCUAUUUGGAUUUCCAAUGGAUUUCCUGGCGUAAGAAAAACACUCAAUGUAAUAUCCGUUGGGUGGAUGGUAUAUCCAUCUAAAUAUAAUGACACUCGUACCCAUUUCUUUACACUUUGGACGAGAGAUGGAUAUCAAACAUAUUGCUAUAACACUCAAUGUCCGGGCUUCAUACUUGCUAAUACGAGUAAUAUCGUUCCUGGAAGUCCUAUUGAUCAAGUUUCUGCUUAUGAUGGACCACAAUAUAAUAUAACAAUAAAAGUCUAUAAGGACUCCGCUUCUGGUAACUGGUGGUUGUAUUAUGGACCAUCUGGUCAAUAUGAUGACCUAUAUGCAGUAGGUUAUUGGCCGCGUUCGCUUUUUACUGGAUUGGAGGAGAAUGCAUCUUAUAUGCAUUUUGGUGGGUCCGUGAUAUAUCUUAAAGAUGCACAAGGCCCUCCGAUGGGUAGUGGUCACUAUCCUGAAGAAGGAGAAGGCAAAGCAGCAACCUUCUAUGGAAUGCAAGCUCUUGAUCAAAAUGGCAGUUUGUAUGACUUUAAAGAUAACCUCAUGGCCAUACAAGAUAAAAAAGAGUGCUAUCGUGUUAGUGAAUUUAGAAACAAAAGAUUUUUCUAUGGUGGCCCUGCUCAUUGUAUUGAUUAGAAUUUAUGUGGUUCUUAAAAAAAAUCUUCAAAUAAAAUUUAUCUA